AUGGAAGAAAUCAGAAGAACACCAUUGGCUAAUCUCUCACCGAAAACAUUAGUAUUGAAGGUCUGUUCGAUGGCGGACAAAGGAACCUCCGCGAUGGGCCCCACGCACUGGACUCCGGCAUUGUUAACCACGACAUCGAUGCGGCCGAACCGUUCCAGAACCGUGGACAGGGCGUGGCGCACGCUCUCGUCCGAUGAAACGUCCAUCUCCUGGACGAAGAACCGCGGAUCGUCCUGCAUAUCGGAGAUGGAUGCGAGCGAGCGCGCGGUCGCCACCACCAGGCAGCCACGCGAGGCGAACUCGCGGGCGAGCGCGUGGCCUAUGCCCCCGGCGGAGCAGCCGGUUAUCACGACCACCUGCUUCUCAUCAGGUUUUAGUGAGUCCACUGCAAGGAUUGCCAAUCUGUCUCUAUCAGCAAAAGCCCUUCUUAGCACUUAA